UGUCCUCCCGGGCAGCCUGACUAAUGCUGGCGCUCCUUCCCGCAGGUGCCAAGAACCUGUACAUCAUCUCCGUGAAGGGGAUCAAGGGGCGCCUGAACAGGCUGCCGGCGGCCGGCGUGGGCGACAUGGUGAUGGCUACCGUCAAGAAGGGCAAGCCAGAGCUGAGGAAGAAGGUCCACCCGGCGGUGGUAAUCCGGCAGCGGAAAUCGUACAGGAGAAAAGAUGGGGUGUUCCUCUAUUUUGAAGACAACGCGGGAGUGAUAGUGAAUAACAAAGGAGAGAUGAAAGGCUCCGCCAUCACAGGCCCCGUGGCGAAGGAGUGUGCGGAUCUGUGGCCCAGGAUAGCAUCCAACGCAGGAAGCAUCGCCUAAAGGCGUUCUUCUUCGUAGAGAUAAAAUAAAAAGUCCCUUGUACCAAA